AUGAAGGACGUUUGUACGUUCUGCAAGGUCAAGGAGACCCAAGGAUACGCGAACUGCAACGAAUGCAGGAACUUCUUCGCCACGAUCGAGGCUGUCUACGGUCCUACAGUCAAAGGCACCGAUCCUCUUUUCAGCGCCGGCGAGAGUACUCUACUCACCGAGAAGGCCAAUUCUACAGCGAUUGGUCAAAAUUUCAGAGGCAUCCUCAACCGUCCCUCCAUCAUCUCCGACACCAUCAUCGCCCGUCUACCUCAAGUGGAGGCCAACGCGAACUUCGGCCUCGCGCCCCUGCUGCAUGAAACCAUCAAUGCCGUGCAACAGCUUUCCAUCGGGAAAGCGUCCGGAUCGGACGCUAUCCCUGCUGACAUCUAG